AAGGCACCCGAGUCUGAGCCGCCGCCCACAGUGUCAUUUAGUGUCUGUAGCCUUGGCUGGUAUUCUGUCUCCCGAUCUAGCGCAAACGCAGCACCUGUCUUAGGACUCGGAGCCCCUGAAUGUUUUGGGGAUUGGGAGUGCCAUGGUCCCCCUGCCUGGCCCUCCGUGGUUCCUCCAGCUUCAGCUUUUUCUCCUGGGGAUGACCACCUUCGUGUCUGUUUCCCGAGGAGCGCAGCUGGAGUUGCACAUGGGGUCUCCCAGGGUGGAAGCAGUGGAAGGGGAUGACGUGGUGCUCCCAGCAUGGUACACGCUGAACACGAUGAUGUCCUCUCCUAAGCCUGAGGCCUCCCCUUUUGUGCUAUGGUUCCUGGAACAAAGUGGGAAGGAAAUGGUGCAGGUGCUGUCCUAUCUUGAUGGAAAGUUAUUAGUAAACGAACCCCGUAUAUCCCUAGUACACACUAUGCCCUCCAGAAACAUAUCCCUGAAGCUAGUCCAGCUCCAAGAACAGGAUUCUGGGCAAUACAGAUGCUCUGUGAAUGUGCAGGACCAAGGAGACAGUAGGUCAGGUGUCGGCAGCUUGGAACUUGAUGUUCUGGUGUCCCCAGCUGCCCCAUCAUGUCAUCUCCAUGGUGUUCCAAGAAUGGGGGCCAAUGUGACCCUGACCUGCCUGACUCCAAGAAGCAAACCAGCUGCCCAGUACAGGUGGGAGCGGCUCCCCCCGAGGGUCCAGUUCUUCUUCUCACCUGCUGUAGAUAGCACCCGUGGGUCUCUAUUCCUCACCAACCUCUCAGCCUCAAUGUCUGGAGUCUAUGUCUGCAAAGCCAGCAACAAGGUGGGCAGUGCCCAGUGCAAUGUGACGCUAGAGGUAACUUCAGGGCCAAAGGCAGCAGUGAUAGCUGGAGCUGUGGUGGUCACCCUGGUGGUGCUGGUGGCGUUGGCUGUAUUGGUCCUCCUGUACUGUCACCGAGAAAAAAUGCAAGAGGAACCAGCCAAUGACAUCAAGGAGGAUGCUGUUGCCCCCCGGACACUGCCCUGGCCUAAGACUUCAGACACCAUCUCCAAGAAUGGGACCCUUUCUUCUGUGACUUCAGCCCGUGCCCUCAGACCAUCCCAUGGACCUACCCGACCUGCUGCACUGACCCCUACACCUAGUCUCUCUAGUCAGGCCCUGCCUUCCCCAGGGCUACCCAGGACAAAUAGGACUCACCCUCCUACAGCAUCACCUACCCUUGGAGGGGUGUCUUCUUCUGCUCUCAGUCGGAUGGGUGCUGUGCCAGUCAUGGUGCCUGCCCAGAGCCAGGCAGGCUCCCUGGUAUAAUUGCCCACCCUUAUCUUGACUGAGCUAUCCACUGGUUUGCCCUUUCUACUAGCAGCUAAAAGGUGAUUGCCUGUGCUGGGGAUUGGAAUGCUUUAAAGACAACCAUACUCCUGACAUGUAGCCUCCUCCACCCCUCCCAAUUUUCAUCUCCUCCUUUUGGUCUGGAUCUGUGAUGUCAUUGGUACAGGGACCUUCCACUGUGGAAACUCCUCCCUCUGAUGCAAAUAGACAAUUCAUCUAAAACUUAUCGUUUUAGAGAGUUGACUGGGGCCACUGAGAGGUUAAGUGACCUAUCCAGAGUCCCACAGUUGAUAUGUGUCAGAAGUAGGACUUCAAUCCUUGUUGACCUGACUCCAAGGCUUGCCUUCCAGCUAUUAUCCUAAGAUACUUCUCUGCCUCCUUGUUAUUGUGGGGAAAGCCUGUUUUCAAUAGGUCUCAUCAACAUUCAUUCAGAUAACUGGCUCUAGGGGUAGAAAGCCUUAGGAAGCGAGCCUGGGCUCAGGGAGGAUUUAGACCUCAUAUAUUACUCUAGAGUCAACCCCUCUGCCUGGUGACUGGAGCUGAAAUGCUGUCAAGAUGGGCUUAUGAAGGGGACCGUGUGGUGGGAUUUAUCUGUGAUCUCCCCACCUUCCCAAGAUCCUUCUGCUUAUAUCCUCCCUGUGAUCUUACCUCAGACUCAAAUGCGUUGAUAACCUUUUUUGGUUGGAUUUUCAUGGGGGAAAGGGAGGGAUUGUAAUUUUUAGAAACUGCUUUGUACUGACCUUGUUUUUUUUUGUAAAUGUCAAUAAAAAAUAACUUUUAUUUGUA